CCUCGCAUUGCCUCUUUCUUGUUCCACCCUCCUAUUUAGUUAAAUGGGUCGUGUUAUUAUUACUUUUAUUCUGUAUGGGGUACUGCUCCCUCUUGUCGUGAUCCUUUUUUUGACUCUUGUUGCAUUGUGAUUAUUGAUGGGUUAUUAUUAGGAUCUGUCGAUGAAAGGUCAUUAUCGAAAAUAGAAAACAAAAUUAAAAAAUAUAAAUAAAAAUAUCGCAUCCUUAUCGUAAUGAUCUUCAGACAUAAUGCAUUAUGCCUUAUAUUCCUCUCUUACUAUUAUUGUUGGGAUCAGUGCAGAACCAAAACAAUCUACUAGUUCUUUCUCUUGACAGUGGUAUCAAAGUACGGAGUACGUCGAAGGGAAUGAAAAAAAAAAAACCCCCCCCCAAAAAAAAAGGAUCCCCCAAAAACGGCUCCAGCGGCAGGUUUCUCUCAUACCAACCUCAUUCACUCACCCCGACGACUAGCCCGAGGGAAGGUGCCCCAUCUGCAUGGCGGUCUCCUGUUUGUCCAAAGGUGAACCCCCUAAUGAAUGGUGGACAGAUGACUUCCAAGACUGAUUCAGAUGAAUUAAUACUGUUUAAACGAAUUGUGGUGCAUGAUGAAAAGUUGAAUUGCACUUCACAAGUUCAACUAUUCAGUGCAUUAUUAUUAUUUUUUAAUUUUCUUUUCUUUUCUUUUUUUUUUUUUUUUUGUUUUUUUUUUUUUUUUUUUUUUUUUUUUUUUUUUUUUUUUUUUUUUUUUUUUUGGAAGGGAGCUUCAGCUAGACCGCUAAGGAAUUCAGCAACGAACCAUGGAUCCAGUUGCGUUGUGAGUGUUCUGGUCUCUCUUGGUAACCGUCCUUUCGCGAUGGAGUACCAUACGAUCACAUUGCAGUUAGCGGAAUUUUGAUUUUAUUUUUAUUGAUUCUUCGCUGCCCUUAAACUUGAAACCCUUGGCCGCGCUUCUCACUUAGGAUAGGAAUUCCAUGACGGGGGAGGGGGUUGCAGAAUUAAUAUACAUACAGAACUCCGUAAGAAAUUUCGGUUUACAAAAGAAAACUCUAAAAAGAGGAUUCCCGGUCGG